GUCCUACUCAAAGGGACUGAUGGAGCAUUCCCCUCCCCUGGACUGAGGGCUGGGUUCAGGCAGCAUGAGGAACCAUCGCUUCUGAUCUGCCCAAGCUCCAGCUGUGUCCUGCCACAGGAAAAUCAUCUCAGAGCCGAGCAGGAAGGUGCUGUGAGCUUCUGGCAUCUGCUGCCAUCACUGCAUGGGGUGCUCAGUGACAGAGUGACCCCAAAGUCAGGUCCUCCUCUAGGGACACCCGAUGCAUUUGUGGCGUGAGUGAGGCAGCAGCCGCUCCCCCUCGCUGCCCGGGCUGGGGUCCCGGAGCCCCCCUUUCCCCGUCUGGAGCGCUUUUGACAGACAGACCUCCCUCCUCCCUUCCUGCUCCGCACGCAGCCAUCCUCCACUCAAGGCAAACCUUUCCUUCAGCUCCUCGCGUCCCCAGCUCCCCCGGCAGCAGGUGGGUGCCCACCCCUCCGUGCCGGCCGUCGUCUCCCCGCUCCCCCUCCGCCCUCCCCAGCGCCGGAGAGAGCGAGGCGAAAAGUGUCGGAGCGGGAGCGCAUAGCAACAGGGUCUGGGAUGAAGCAGGUUCGGCAGCAGCAUCUCCGCAAGUCCCUCACUCAGCCAGUGACACCAGAUCUCCUGGUAAGCCCCAGCAGCCAGGAUGGGGACCUGGGCUCCGAGUGCCCAGAAGACAGAGGGAACUGGACAGGGCGGCUGGAUUUCCUCCUCUCCUGCAUCGGAUACUGCGUGGGCCUUGGAAACGUCUGGAGGUUUCCCUACAGGGCUUACACCAACGGAGGAGGAGCUUUCUUGGUUCCUUACUUCAUCAUGCUGGCCAUCUGUGGGAUCCCCAUCUUCUUCAUGGAGCUGUCACUUGGCCAGUUCUCCAGCCUAGGGCCACUGGCAGUCUGGAAAAUAAGCCCUCUCUUUAAAGGCGUUGGCAUGGGCACGAUCCUCAUCGUCUCCUUGGUGGCCAUUUACUACAAUAUGAUCAUUGCUUACGUUCUCUUCUACCUCUUUGCAUCCCUCACAAGCGACUUGCCCUGGCAGCACUGUGGCAACUGGUGGAACACCGAGCUGUGCCUGGACCACCACGUCAUCAGGGCGGGGAACAGCAGCCUCCCCGUCAACAUCAGCAACACCGUCAGCCCCAGCGAGGAGUACUGGAGCCGGUAUGUCCUGCACAUCCAAGGAAGCUCGGGGAUCGGGGAUCCUGGGAGGAUCCGCUGGAACUUGUGUCUGUGCCUGCUCCUUUCUUGGACUAUUGUUUAUCUGUGCAUCCUUAAGGGAGUCAAAUCCUCUGGCAAGGUCGUGUACUUCACUGCCACCUUCCCGUACCUCAUCCUGGUGAUGCUGCUCAUUCGUGGAGUGACCCUGGAGGGGGCCUGGAAGGGGAUCCAGUUUUACCUCACACCCCAGUUUGAUCACUUGCUGUCUUCCAAGGUGUGGAUCGAGGCAGCCCUGCAGAUUUUCUACUCCCUUGGGGUGGGCUUUGGGGGCCUCCUCACCUUCGCCUCAUACAACACCUUCCAUCAGAAUAUCUACAGGGACACUUUCAUAGUGACCCUGGGCAAUGCCAUCACCAGCAUCCUGGCAGGUUUUGCCAUCUUCUCCGUUUUGGGAUACAUGUCCCAGGAGCUUGGAGUCCCUGUUAACCAAGUAGCAAAAGCAGGUCCUGGUCUGGCAUUUGUGGUGUACCCCCAGGCCAUGACAAUGCUCCCCCUUUCUCCAUUCUGGUCAUUCCUGUUCUUCUUCAUGCUGUUAACCUUGGGCCUGGACAGCCAGUUUGCAUUUAUGGAGACCAUCGUUACUGCAGUGACAGAUGAGUUCCCCUACUACCUGAGGCCAAAGAAAGCUUCCUUCUCAGCUGUCAUCUGCAUUGCCCUCUUCCUGAUGGGGCUCAUCCUCACCACAGAGGGUGGGAUGUACUGGCUGGUCCUGCUGGAUGACUACAGCGCUGGCUUUGGUCUCAUGGUGGUGGUGAUCACCACCUGCCUUGUGGUGACACGUGUCUAUGGCAUGAAGAGGUUCUGCAGGGAUAUCCACAUGAUGCUGGGAUUCAAACCUGGGCCCUACUUCAGAGCUUGCUGGAUGGUCCUAUCCCCUGCAACAAUGAUGGCUCUGCUGGUGUAUAACAUUGUCAAGUACCAGCCUUCCGAGUAUGGCAACUACCGCUUCCCCACCUGGGCAGAGGUCUUGGGCAUCCUCAUGGGAGUGCUCUCCUGCCUGAUGAUCCCCGUGGGCAUGGUGGCAGCUGUGCUACAAGAAGAAGGGACACUGUGGGAGCGAGUGCAGCAGGCCAGCCGGCCGGCCAUGGACUGGGGCCCGUCCCUGGAGGAGAACCGCACUGGAGUGUACGUGGCCAGCCUGGCUGGCAGCCAGUCCCCCAAACCCCUGAUGGUCCACAUGAGGAAAUACGGGGGCAUCACCAGCUACGAGAACACGGCCAUGCAGGUGGACCAGGAGAUGGAGGAGGAGGACGAGGAGGAGUCCAUGAUCUGAGGGGACCCAGGGUCCCAUAGGCUGGGUGGGAGCUCCCCUCCCCUUUUGCACAGGUUGCACUGCAGCACUUCAGGACAGCUUGGGGGUCUUCCAAGGAGUAGUCAGGAGCUGCUGACCCUGCCAGGUUCCUCAUCACCACCCUGGCCCUGCCUCCCCAAUGUGUUUCUGUUCAGUGUGACAAACUGUUGAUGAGUCCAUGUGUUUGUGUGACAGUGUCUGGUUGAAGUGUCAGGGCUGUCCCACUCCCACCCGCAGCCUCAGCCCUACCGUCCCCUCUCAGGGUUGUCCAGGCUGCAGGAGGUGGGGAGGAGAAGGAGCUCCUGUGUGUUGAUCUGUUCUCUUUUUGUCUGUAUUUGACUCCAAUAACCCAUAAACACAUGUGAGAGAAUCUGUAACAGCCUCCAUGCCCCGAGGACAGAGUGUGCCAUGGAGGUAUUCCAGCAAAACCAGCACAAAUCAGUGUCCUCCUAAAGCAAUUUGACCUAAUAAAUGAGUAGGUAAAAACUAGUAGAAGAAUAAAAGAAAAGGCUUUAUGAACAAACCAGGCUGUAGAUCUCCCAAGGACCUUGGUGGGUCAGGGUGGCUCUUCUCUGUGGUGCCUGGCAGGGUUGGGUGACCUGAAGGAAGGGAUGGUGUAACCUGUCCCUCAUGUGUGCAGGAGGUCAGGGACAGGUUUCAGCUGGACCCAGUGUCCAAGGAGGACAUGUGUCUAUUGCCAAGGGUGUUCCAAGGUGUGGCCCCUGCCCUGAGUGCUGCUUUUCCCGGUGGAAGGAGAAAGGUUGGGUUUCAGUGUUUGUGUGUGAUUUUGGGGUAGAUCAGCCCAUGUCCCACCUCCUGCUGACACGGAUGGCCUGAGGGUCUUGGUGACCUCCUGGAUGGGGCUGUUUGGAUUGGAUGCUGCCAGUCCCCAUUAUCCCAGUGUCAUGUGUGCCUUUGCCACGUGCCGUCAGCUCACCAGUAACAGUGCUUGUGACACAGCCCCUGCCUGGGUUAAUUGGAGGGUCUUCAGCAUGGAAGAAUGGCACAUCUAAAUGAGCUUCUUCAUGCACAUCUAGAGGGGCACAGCUCCUCCUGGUUUUUUUCCUGCAAAUCUUUGUC